AUGAAGGAGUCGCAUACAGAGAAGCACCCGAGCUCCGGCGACGCAAUGACCGCCGAGCUCGGUAGCAUCCGGAAUGUCGACUCGGAAGACAAGAUGGGUCACCUGCAUCGGAGGCUCAACAAUCGCCAAAUCCAGCUCAUCGCAGCAGGUGGAUCCAUUGGAACGGCACUCUUCAUUAGCAUCGGCGGUGGUCUCGCCAAAGGUGGUCCCGGCAGCUUGCUGAUUGCUUACACCAUUUACACCCUGAUUCUCGCUCUCGUCAACAAUUCUGUUGCUGAGAUGAACACGUAUAUGCCCGUCGCAGGUGGCUUUGUCCGUCUCGCUGGGUAUUGGGUCGAUGACGCACUUGGAUUUCUUGCUGGAUGGAACUUUUUCCUCUACGAAGCCAUCUUGAUUCCCUUUGAGAUUACUGCUCUCAACAUCGUCAUUUCGUUUUGGAGUGACGAGGUCGUUAAACCAGGACCGACAGCGGGGAUUUGUGCUGCUGUGAUCAUUCUUUAUGGGUUGAUCAACGUUCUAGCGGUACGGGGUUAUGGCGAAGCUGAGUUCUGGCUUUCCGGAGGCAAGCUGAUAUUGAUCUUCAUGCUUUUCGCUUUCACAUUUGUGACUAUGGUCGGCGGCAACCCUCAACGUGAUGCAUACGGCUUCCGCCACUUUACAAACCCCGGCUCAUUUGCAACAUAUCUAUCGGGCGGCGACCUGGGUCGUUUCGAAGGGUUUCUCGCCGCACUUUUCAGUGCCUCCUUCACCGUCGUCGGUCCUGAGUACAUCUCCAUGGUAUCUGCUGAAGCCCAACGCCCAAGCAUCUAUAUCAAAUCAGCAUUCAUUACCGUCUACUACCGGUUCUGUAUCUUCUUCAUCAUUGGCGCACUGGCUGUUGGCAUCGUAGUUCCGUACAAUCACCCGACCCUAGUCGAUCUCUACUUUGGGGACGGUGGUGGCGGUACUGCUGCGGCUUCUCCGUAUGUGAUUGCCAUGGAGACCCUCGGCAUUGGCGUGCUUCCUCACAUCGUUAACGCACUCAUCCUUACAUCUAUCUUCUCGGCUGGCAAUACCUACACCUACUGUGCCACUAGAGCGCUCUACUCGCUAUCCCUCGAAGGACGAGCGCCUCGUUUCCUACGUCGCUGUAACAAGAAUGGAACUCCCAUUUACUGUUUUGCCAUUGUUAUGCUAUUCCCGAUGCUGUCUUUCCUCCAAGUUAGCAGCAGUUCUGCCGUUGUUAUUACGUGGCUGACUGCGCUUAUCACGGGAGGCGGGCUGAUCAGCUUCAUCAUCAUGUCGAUCACGUUUAUCAACUAUCAUAAGGCCUGUGUCGCUCAGGGAGUUGACCGCAAAACCCGACCCUACUAUGGAUAUUUCCAGCCUUACGGUGCAUAUAUUGCUUUGGGAUUUCAGCUACUCAUUCUCUUGGUGUACGGUUACUACGCGUUCCGCCCAUGGUCAGUAGAGCUGUUCUUCCAGAGCUACACUAUGCAGAUACUAGCUGUCGUUCUGUUUUGUGGAUGGAAGCUUUUUAAGAAGACCAGAUACAUAAGACCUCACGAGGUCGAUCUUGUUUGGGAGCGGCCUUUGAUCGAAGCCUAUGAAGAUUCCCUGGUUGAUCCGCCAGUUGGCUUUUGGACUGAAAUGGCGCAAAUGAUUGGACUCAGAAGAAACAAAGUAGGCUUUCGUUAA